AUGCACAUUUGGCCUGCCAGCGACUGCACAGUUGGUGCGGUGGCUGGGCAACUGGCUGCCGUGCAACGUGUCGCGGGAGGUAUCGAGGUACCAGAGUUUGGGGAGCCCAUCACGAAUCUGACGGUGCCGAUUGGGAGAGACGCGACCUUCGAAUGUAUAGUUGUCAAUUUGGGCAACUUUCGGGUGGGCUGGGUGAAAGCAGACACGAAGGCGAUACAAGCGAUUCACGAGCACGUUAUCACGCACAACCCAAGAGUAUCAGUCAGUCACAGCGACCACUCGACCUGGUACCUUCACAUCAAGAACGUGCAAGAAGAAGACAGAGGACAAUACAUGUGUCAAAUUAAUACUGAUCCUAUGAAGAGUCAGAUGGGCUUCCUAGAUGUAGUGAUACCUCCAGACUUCAUUCCUGAAGAGACAUCGGGAGACACAAUGGUUCCCGAAGGUGGAACAGCCAGGGUUUCUUGUAAAGCCCGUGGUGUUCCACCUCCAAGGGUCAUGUGGAAACGAGAAGAUGGCAUGGAGAUCGUCGUAAGGGACCAAACUGGAGCAAAAAGUAAAGUCUUGGUCUUGUUCUUGCGUUUUUGCAAGACCAAGACCAAGAACAAGACCGCGUAUUUUAUGCAAGACCAAGACAAGACUGACCGUGCAAGACUUGAGCAAGAACAAGACAUAGCCUGCAAGACUCUUGCAGCUAGGACUUAG